AUGGAUCGCGAUCAAGAGAAGGCGGAAAUUGAAAUCGGGCAGUUUGAAGGGGAGAAGACUCAAUCUUCGAAUAUUGUUGACGAUGUCGAUGAAGAGGAGGGGAAGAAGAUUAUAUGGCGAAUCGACCGUCGACUCGUCACCUUAGUCGGUGUCUUAUACUGCGUCAGUCUUAUGGACCGAACCAAUCUGUCUGCGGCUGCCGUUGCUGGAAUGAAUGAGGAGUUGAACCUCGUUGGUGAACGAUAUUCAAUCGUUACGCUCGUCUUCUUCAUCACAUACAUUUUAUUCCAGCCCCCCUCUACCAUCCUGAUCCGUAAGGUUGGCCCACGCACCUUCUUGUCCACUAUUACGUUGGCAUGGGGUGCCGUUAUGAUUGGAUUCGGAUUCAGUCCGUCAUUCGAAGUCCUCAUGGCCCUUCGACUAGUACUUGGUGCCUUUGAGGCUGGUUACUUUCCCGGCUGCGUAUACUUACUGUCGACAUGGUACACUCGAUAUGAGAUGGGCAGAAGAUACUCAGUAUUCUACCUUCUUGGCUGCGUUGCUUCGGCCUGCUCGGGAAUUCUCGCAUUCGGCUUGAUGCAAAUGGAUGGCGUUGCGGGCCUUAGUGGUUGGCGAUGGAUCUUCAUUAUCGAAGGUAUUAUUACCUGCCUCCUAGCCUCACUUGGAUAUUGGCUUCUGGUCGACUUCCCUGAUUCCAAACGCAAAUCUUGGCGGUUCUUGAGCGACAGAGAACGUGCGUGGAUUGUUCGACGCGUUGAUACCGACCGUGGUGAUGUCGAAGCCCCCAAGUUUAAGAUCAGUCUAUUUUUGAAGGGUGGUUUAGAUUUAAGAGUCUGGGGAUACGGCCUAAUCGCGUUUUGUACCAACACUUUGACCUAUUCGUUAGCCUACUUCUUACCCCUUAUUUUAAACACGAAUUUGGGAUUUGAUCGCGGCAUUUCGCUUACCCUCAUCGCACCCCCUUAUGCGUUUUCGGGCAUUUAUAUGUACAUCAUGGGUUGGCUCGGGGAUCGGUACCACUUGCGUGGCCCUAUUUUAGUCGUCAACAUGGUUGUUGCACUUAUCGGCCUACCCAUCCUUGGAUGGCACCCCAACAACGGUAUUCGAUACUUCGGAUCGUUCCUCGUCACCGCCGGAGCAACAGCAAAUGUCCCAGCAUCGCUGGCGUACCAGGCCAACAAUAUCCGCGGACAAUGGAAGCGAGCCUUUGCAAGUGCGUCUUGGGUCAGCUUUGCUAGUAUUGGUGGAAUUGCUGGCAGUUUGGUCUUUAGAUCCCAAGAUGCUGCUACUGGAUACCGACCCGGCUUAUAUGCGUGCAUAUCAUGCUGUCUAUUAGCAAUCAUUAUUGUAGUCCUAUUAGACAUAUCCUAUUAUUUCGACAACAAGAAAGCUGAUCGAGGAGAGAAGCAUCUUGAAACGACCGACGAGGGAUCUCAACCCGACUUCCGUUACACCUAUUAG